AUGGCCACUAUUCCUGCGCGGCUGGCCCAAGCGACUCGUCCGUCGACGAACGCCGUCGAAGCAAGGCAACGUGUAAUCCAACUCUACCGCGACUGGUACCGUUCGGCGCCAGAAAUCAUUGAAAUCUAUACAUUGAACGUCUCACCAGCACAUAUACGCCACACGAUACGCCAGAAGUUCGAGGCGAAUCGAUAUGUUACGGACCUUCGCGCUAUCGAUGUGCUCCUGCUGAAGAGCAGGCAGGAUUUCCAGGAAACUAUGAAUUGUUGGAAGCAGCCCGACCAUGUAGUGGGGAUUUUGUUGAAGCCGACCGAGCGGCCACAGAAGACGUUCAUGCAGAAGUUCUUAGAAGGACGGGACGAGGAUGCGAUCAUCCCAGCGGCUACGGGUGUUGUUUAG